AUGCAUGCAUCAGACGCCCUGUACUAUGUGCAGAAUACGGCCAAUUCGUUGUAUGCCGUAGCCGAGGCGUUGAAACGAUGCUCCAAACAGAACUGCAGCUUGAUUUCCAAGUCUACACCGGAAAACGGAACAAUGAAUGAUUUGCUCUACUACUUGAAAAAUUUUCAGUAUAUGGGGUUCGGAAACGGGACAUUUGAUUUCUUCAAAGGAAUCGACGGAUACCCACGCUAUACCAUUAUCUCAUACUCGACCAAAUACCUGAGGUGGGAAAUCCUAGCGCAAUAUGAUGGUACAUUGACAUCACAUGUGCUAAAUCGUACUCGCGCCAAGCAUCCAUACUCGCACUGUUCCGAGCCAUGUGGAUUGGGUCAAGCAAGACGUCCAGACAGGAAAAACAAGUGCUGCUGGUCAUGUUUGAAUUGCACCAGCGAUCAGAUUGUGACCAGUUUAGCUAGCGGGAAUUAUCCGGAUGUGGAUAAGGACGCUUUUCCACCAAUCACGAUGUGUCGGUUCUGUGAUCCUGGUAAACGACCGAACCAGAAUAAAACCAUAUGCUCCGAUCUGCCUCUUAUCUACAUGAACAUCGAAAACGGAUUCGCCAUCACCGUGGUUGUUUUAUGCAUACUGGCUCUGAUGAUUACUACUCUAACCUGUCUGAUCUAUACUAUUCAUUGGAAUACUCCGGUUGUCCGGGCCUCGGGACGCGAGACCACGACCGUUCUACUUUUGGCUAUUUUUCUGUCCUACAUCUUUCCGAUCGUGUUUAUUUGGGACAAGCCAAGACUACCCAUCUGUGUGGUCGCCGUGAUCGCUCCGGGAUUGUGCAGUGCCAUAUCAUACGCGGCAAUCUACGCGCGCAUCACCCGCAUUGAUAGGCUAUUUCGAGUGAGCUAA